AUGGAUGAUGAAGUUGGAGAGCAUGAGAUCAAUGAGGAAUACAUAAGUGAUGAAUUGGAUUCAGAUUUAGAAAGUGAUGAGGAUGGUAGCUUGAAAAGGGGCAAGUUUAAAAAGUUUAGACAAGAUGAUAUGAACAAGGAUUUCAAAUUUUCAUUGGGGAUGAAAUUUUGUUUGUUUAAGGAGUUUAAAAAUGCACUAAUGGAGCAUAGUGUAUUAAAUGGAAAAGAGAUUAAGUUUGUGAAGAAUGACCUCACAAGAGUAAGGGCAGAAUGUAAGAAAAAAUGUGGCUUUGUUAUUAUGGCCAGCAAAGUAGGAGGGAAGGAAACAUUUAGGGUGAAAACCUCAAUAGGACGACAUAGGUGUGGAAGAGUUUUUGGAAACAAAAGUGCAAGUGUGAAUUGGAUUGCCCAAGUUUUAAUUGACAGGUUUGUAAAUGUGGCUAGCAUGACUGUCAACCAAAUUAUUGAUGACAUUAAAAAGUCAUUCAGUGUGGAAAUCACUGCUUGGAAAGCUGGGAAAGCCAAACAAAUUGCCUUGGAUUCUUUGGUUGGUGAUGGGGAUAGACAAUAUGCUCGUCUAUAUGAUUAUGUGGGGGAAUUCCUAAGAGUCAAGUGUGGAACUUUUAAAAUUAAAGUGAAUCAACCCCAACCAAGUUUGCCACCAAGAUUUGGCUCUUAUUAUAUGUGUUUAGAGGGGUGUAAGCAUGGUUUUUUAGGAAGUUGCAGGCCCUUCAUAGGGGUGGAUGGUUGUCAUCUUAAGACAACAUAUGGUGGCCAAUUGUUGGUGGCAGUUGGCCGAGACCCCAAUGAUCAAUACUUCCCACUGGCUUUUGCAGUGGUUGAGAAUGAAUGCAAGGAAACUUGGAGAUGGUUUUUAUCACAACUUUUGGAUGAUAUAGGUGGCACUGAAUGUCAACGUUGGGUGUUUAUUUCUGAUCAACAAAAGGGACUUAUGAUAGUUUUUGAUGACAUGAUGGAUGGAGUAGAACACAGAUUGUGCUUAAGGCACUUAUAUAACAACUUCAAGAAGCGAUUUGGUGGAGGAGUACUCAUUAGAAAUCUCAUGAUGGGAGCAAUAAAGGCUACAUAUGAGAAGGAAUGGGAAAAAAAGAUGGGUGAGUUGAAAGCUAUUAACAUUGAUGCAUAUAAUUGGUUGCUAGGUAUUCCUACCAAGAGUUUGUGUAAACAUGCCUUUAGUACCUAUUGUAGAUGCGAUGUGUUGAUAAAUAAAUUGAGUGAGUCCUUUAAUAGUACUAUACUACUAGCUAGAGACAAACCAAUAAUAACUAUGAUGGAAUGGAUACGAACUUACAUUAUGAAACGGUUUGCAACACUUAGGGAGAAAGCCAUGACAUAUCUAGGAGUGGUAAUGCCUAGACCUAGAAAAAGGCUUGAUAAGGAAAUAGAAAAGAGUGGUAAUUGGAUUCCCACAUGGGCCUGGGCUGAAAAAUUUGAGGUGACACACGAAUUUACAAUGGAUAAGUUUGUUGUUGACUUAAGUAACAAUUCCUGUAGUUGUUACAGUUGGGAUUUAAUAGGAAUACCCUGUAGGCAUGCUAUUGCUGCCAUUAGUUACAAAGUUCAAAACCCUGAAGAUUAUGUCACUUGUUAUGCCCCUGAAAUAGUUCCAAUAAAUGGGCAACAAAUGUGGCCAACUUCUGAAAACAUCCCCUUACUCCUUCCUCCAAUUUACAAAACACCUCUUGGGAGGCCAAAAAAAUUAAGAAGAAGAGAGGCAGAUGAACCUGUGAGCCAUACAAAAUUGUCCAAGAAGCAUGCUAUUAUGAAGUGCAGCAGUUUCAAAGAGUUUGGCCACAAUGUUAGAUCAUGUAGAAGAAAGAAGAGCACAAGGGGCACUUCAAGUGCUGGAGGAUCUGGUAGCAGGCCCAGAUCUGAAGUAGAAGCACCACCAUCAACUUCACAAGGAGCUGCAGCUGAAGCAACAUCAAUAACACAUAGUGGAGCAUCAAGAGGCCAAGCUGCAGGAAGAACAACCUCAGGACUGGGUGCACACCAUCUCGGUUCCCAAGCUACUUCUUUAUCUUCUUCUUUUGAUCCAGGUCAACUAUAUCAUUUUCCAAACACAGAUCAACUCCUUCACGUUUGCCUUGAAUUUCAGAAACUUCCUCUUCAUGCCAUUCGAAUAUUUGCUUUCAAAAACAACAAUGUCUCACCACAACAACACAUUUUAUAUGGUAACUAUGAAGAUGAUCCACAACUUUGA